AUGAGUAAGUUUGAGGAAAACAACCUCAAUCAAUUUAUGUUUAGAAUUACCACCAGGAAUAAUGAAGGAGGAUUGGUCAUAAUGAAGAAAACUUCUGGUGACGAGUCUCAUACCUUUAAGAAACCAUCGUUACCCAAGGUUUCUCUGCUCGGUCUUGACAGACUAGCGAAGGAAAAACGGAAAGCUGUAGAAGGGGAAGAAACAAUAAAGAAAAAGUCAAAAGUCUCAUCAUACAAGGAUGAUGUGGACGAUGAAAGUGAGAGUGACGAGGAAGAAAUAGAUGAGAACAGAGAUAAACAUAGAAAGGAAAGAAAAGAGAGGAAUUACAGACAGAGUCGAAUUGAGACACCUUCACAUCCUGGGGGCAUUAGUCGAGAAGCCCGAGACAGACAAAAAGAGAAAAAACAGAGGGACAGAGACAGAGGUGUGCAUGCUUCCUCUAAAGACAAACACAGAGAUGAAAGAAGGGAGCGAGACAGGAACUACUCGCGUGAUAGGGACAGACACAGAGAUGACCGAGACAGACGUCGUGAUAGGGAGCGUCAUCAUGGUGACAGAAGCAGUAGAAGUCAGCGAAGUGACAGGAGUGAUAGAAGUUCCAGGGAGUGGGAGGAGACUCCAAAGAGAUUCAGGGACAGCCCUGCCACCCCUAAUAUCAGGGUCAAAGAUACACCUUCUCGUACUAGUUGGGAAGAGGAUGAAGAUGAUUCUACUCCGCUGAAACGAUCCAGCUGGGAUUUACCCACUCCAAUUAGCCGGGACUCAGAGGACAGAAGUGAAAGAAGCUUUUCAUCUUCCCAGCGCUACAGUAAAGACCGCAGAAAAAAGUCUGAUGAAACUCCAUUGCCAACACCUACAUACAAAUACAAUUCUUGGAUGAAAGACAAAAAGAAAAUACCUUACACACCUCGAACUGAUGAGAAAGGUAAAGUGGAUUUAGAGAAUAUGACAGAGGAAGAGCGUGAGAAUUGGGAGGAGGAGCAGAAACGACUUGACCGGGAGUGGUACGGACUGGACGAGGGGUAUGAUGAUGACCACAACCCAUUCUCUGGGAUGUCCUCAGAAUACACUAAAAGAAAAGAGGAAGAGGUAGAGAAGAAGAAGAAAAAGAAGAUGACAGCUAGACAGGCACAGCAUCAGAGGGACAAUGAACUAUGGGAGACCAACAGAAUGAUGAGGAGUGGUGUGGUGGUCAGGACGAAUUACGAUGAGGAUUUCGAGGAGGAUAAUGAGGCCAGAGUUCACUUACUGGUUCACAACAUUGUACCACCAUUUCUGGACGGCAGGAUCACGUUCACAAAGCAGCCGGAGCCAGUCAUUCCAGUCAAGGAUCCAACCUCAGAUAUGGCUCAAGUGGCCAGGAAAGGUUGUGCUGUGGUUAGGAUACACAGAGAUCAGAAAGAAAAACGAAAAGCUCAGAAAAAAGAAUGGGAAUUGGCAGGAACUAAAAUUGGUGAAAUCAUGGGGGUCAAAAAAGAGGAGGAAAAGGAUGACAAGACUUUGGAGAAUGGAGACCUAGAUUACAAGGCAGACCACAAAUUUGCUGAUCUGCUGAAAGAGAAAACAGAGGCAGUUAGUGACUUUGCCAAAAGAAAAACCAUAGCAGACCAGAGGAGAUACUUACCUAUUUAUGCGGUCAGAAAUGAGCUUCUGAAUGUCAUCAGAGACAACAAUGUGGUUAUUAUAGUGGGAGAAACGGGAUCAGGAAAGACAACCCAGCUUACACAGUAUCUACAUGAGGAUGGCUACACUAAGUACGGUAUGGUCGGAUGUACACAGCCCAGAAGAGUGGCAGCAAUGUCGGUGGCAAAGCGAGUCUCGGAGGAAAUGGAGGUGGAGCUGGGACAGGAAGUAGGGUAUGCCAUACGAUUCGAGGACUGUACAUCAGAGAAAACCAUGAUUAAGUACAUGACAGAUGGUAUCCUGCUGAGGGAGUCGCUGAGAGAGUCAGAUCUAGACAACUACAGCGCUGUCAUCAUGGACGAAGCUCACGAGCGAUCACUCAACACAGACGUCUUGUUUGGACUCCUCAGAGAUGUUGUUGCCAGGCGUCAUGAUUUGAAAUUAAUAGUGACAUCAGCUACAAUGAAUGCAGAUAAAUUUGCCAACUUCUUUGGCAAUGUGCCAACUUUUACCAUUCCUGGACGAACAUUUCCUGUGGAGAUUUUUUUCAGUAAGAAUGUUGUGGAGGACUAUGUAGACUCGGCUGUGAAGCAGUCAAUGCAGAUCCAUCUAACAGGAAUGAAAGGAGACAUAUUGGUUUUCAUGCCUGGACAAGAGGACAUUGAAGUUACUUGUGAACUCUUAGCAGAGCGACUUGGAGAAUUAGAUGAGGCCCCUCCAUUAGCUAUCCUCCCCAUCUACUCCCAGCUUCCCAGUGACCUCCAGGCCAAGAUUUUUGAGAAAGCCCCCGAUGGUGUCAGGAAGUGUAUUGUGGCCACAAACAUAGCUGAGACCUCGCUCACAGUGGAUGGGAUAAUGUUUGUGGUAGAUGCUGGGUACUGUAAACUUAAGGUGUUUAACCCUAAGAUUGGUAUGGAUGCUCUACAGAUUUUCCCUAUUAGUCAGGCCAAUGCUAACCAGCGUUCUGGCAGGGCUGGGAGAACAGGACCAGGGCACUGCUAUCGUCUGUACACACAGAGGCAGUAUAAAGAUGAGUUACUGACUAACACUGUCCCCGAGAUACAGAGGACUAACCUGGCUAACGUCGUCCUGUUACUGAAAUCUCUGGGGGUCCAGGAUCUGCUGCAGUUCCAUUUCAUGGACCCACCACCACAGGACAAUAUUCUAAACUCCAUGUAUCAGCUGUGGAUAACUGGUGCCCUAGACAAUACUGGUUCCCUGACUCCCCUGGGGAGACAAAUGGUGGAAUUCCCCCUAGACCCUUCACUGUCCAAAAUGUUGAUUGUUUCUCUGGAUAUGGGCUGCAGUGCAGAAAUUCUGAUAAUUGUGUCCAUGUUGUCAGUGCCUGCCAUUUUUUACCGACCAAAGGGGCGUGAGGAAGACUCAGAUAAUGCCAGGGAGAAAUUCCAGGUGCCUGAGAGUGACCAUCUGACCAUCUUAAACGUCUAUCAACAGUGGAAAAGAAAUGGGUACUCGGCCACUUGGUGCAAUGAGCACUUUAUUCACAUCAAGGCGAUGAGAAAGGUAAGAGAAGUGAGACAACAACUAAAGGAAAUAAUGGAUCAACAGAAAAUGGAGCUAGUCUCAUGUGGAAACGAGUGGGAUGUCAUCCGCAAGUGUAUAUGUUCCGCAUAUUUCCAUCAAGCUGCUCGACUCAAGGGGAUAGGGGAGUACGUUAAUGUGCGUACUGGAAUGCCUUGUCAUCUUCAUCCCACCAGCUCGCUGUACGGCAUGGGAUAUAACCCCGACUAUAUCGUGUACCAUGAACUAAUCAUGACUGUCAAGGAGUACAUGCAGUGUGUGACAGCUGUAGAUGGACAUUGGUUAGCAGAGCUCGGUCCUAUGUUCUACUCCAUUAAGGACUCGACCAAGUCUCGUCAGGAGAGAAAGAAGAUUGCAGAACAAGAAAUGAGUGCCAUGGAGGAUGAAAUGAAGAGAGCGACAGAUCUGAUAAAGGCACGGAAAGAGGAGCAAGAGAAGAAAGAUGCAGCAUACGUCAAAAGAAGAGAAAUAGCUACCCCCGGUAGAAGCGAGCCAAGCACCCCAAGGAGAACUCCAGCCAAGUUUGGAAUAUAGGGCACAUGAGGCUGGAAUAUACAUGUAGGUCUCAAGGGACUGGAACAUAGGGCAAAAAGGGUCAUUCUGACAGCUGCUAUAUCAAAAAUGAAGCCUCCUUGAUUCAGCUGUGAAAUUUAUUGGAAUAUAUCACCUGGCAGCAGGCUUCCAUCUGAUAAUACAGGAAAAACAACUCAGUACAAAUUGUGAUCUGGAAUCGAAAGAUUGAGCUUGCCUUGCAGAUAAAAUAAAAAAAAAUGGAACAUUCAGCUUUAUUAUAGCAUGUUGCACAUGUUCAUUGAACAUUACCAUUUACAGUUUUGCAUCUCAUUCUCAUGUGAUAUUGACCAAGUCUGUCAAUAAAUAUUUUAUAAAUGUA